AUGUCUACGCAAAUUAGGAAGUCUAAUCACAGCAAGCAACCGCACAGCACGCAUAAAAAAGCAGAUCCGGAACUGAAGUUCAAACUGGAAACGCUUACAGAGCUGUUUCCAGAUUGGACCAAUGACGACUUGAUUGACCUAGUGCAAGAAUACGAUGAUCUGGAGACAAUAAUUGACAAGAUUACAUCUGGUGCGGCUACUAAGUGGGAUGAAGUCAGAAAGCCAUCCAAGAAAGAAAGACAACAGCAACAGCAACAACAGCAGCAGCAGCAACAACACAUAAAUCCAGCUGUAACAGCGGACGGCAGCAACAACGUCUCGCACAAUCAUAAUUCGCAUAACAAUAACAACAACAACCACACAGCAGCCUCUGGUGACGCUGAGCAUUCGCAUUCUAAAUCCUCCAGGGCCGGCAGAGAAUCCAAUUCCGGCUCUAGGUUCCACAAGAAACCUGCCAGGGAGCGGGGUGAACGUGGCGCUUCUGGGAAAGCUGCUGCGACGUCUGCAAGCUCAGCAGCUUCUGUAGCUGCCUCUGCUGUACAACCAGAACACUUGAAAUCUGCUGUUGCGGCCGCUAAAAGUGCAUCUUCAACUUCUUGGGCUGCCAUGGCUUCGGAUAGGAAGGCUGCCAAACAAGCCGCUAAUGCAGCUUCUGCUUCAUUCACAAGUAAGACUCAAGAGCCAGAACUACCACAGCAGUCAGAACCUGAGAGUGAUUCUCAGGAAACCACCCAUCAUCACCAUCAUCAUCAAGAGCAUCAUCAAGAACAAAACGACGAGUUAGCCGCUGAUGAUGCUACAAUUGCUGCUGUUGCCGCCAACAGUGCAUCUGUAGAGGACUUGGAAAAGCCUAAAAGGAUGACAUGGGCUGCUAUUGCCACUCCAAAGCCAAAGCCUGGCACGGGUAAAAAAUCAGAACCCCUGGAAGAACUCGAAGAUUUGAAGAAGGAAGCAGCUCAAAUUUCCACAGGAGAGCAAGCUACUACGGCUGCUGAACAAGAGGAAGAGUAUCCCGUUGUAGAGGAACAAGUGGAUGAAUCACCACUUGAGGUUCAAGAACAGUCGGAAAACACUGUUGUUCCCGAAGAAGCAUCUCAGCAAGUUCAGGAGCUACCAGAACAACAGGAAGAAACAUCAGCGCAUGUUCCUGAGGCCACUACUAGUGAGCAAAUUGUAGAAUCUCAUGCUCCACAAGAGAAAGCACCAGUUUCUUCCGAACCAGAGCCUAUUUCUUACUCGCCACAACAAUCGCAACAACAACCACAGCAACAACAACAACAACAAACAGGGUCUUAUUCAGAAGAGAAAUCCAUUCAGGCUCAAACCCCUGCUGAACAAUCCCAAUCAUUCUACCAAUCUCAACCACAGCAACAAUACGCCUCGCAAACUCCUCAACAAACCCCACAACCUUUGCAGCAACAAAACGCUGCUGCUGCUGCCGCGGCUGCUCAACAGCAAUACUACAUGUACCAGAACCAAUUUCCGGGCUAUUCCUACCCUGGCAUGUUCGACAACCAAAGUUAUCCUGCUGGCUACGGCCAGCAAUACGUGCCACAGAGCCAAAGCGGGUCUCAGCCUCAAUCGGCUUCCGCGCAGCAGUCGCAAGCUCAGUCUCAAUCAGGACAAUACGGAGUUCCACCUGGAUACGGCUCCGCGGGUAAAGAUUUAACCGCUGCAUCUCCAAUGGCUGCUCAUGUGCAACUGCAACAGCAGCAACAACAGCAACAGCAACAGCAACAGCAACAACCAUAUGGUGGAUCAUUUAUGCCUUACUACCACUUUUACCAACAAUCCUUCCCAUACGGCCAACCUCAAUAUGGGAUGGCCGGUCAGUAUCCGUACCAGGUUCCAAAGGGUUACGGCAACUACAUGAGUCAAUACCAACCUCAACAAGGAGGACAACCUUCCUCGUCGCAAUCGCAACAAGGUGAGGAGCCUCAGCAAAGUGCUCAACAGGGCCAAAGUGCUUCGUCCCAAGGACAAGUUCAAGGCUCCGGUAGCCAGGGCCAAAGCCAGGUCACUGCCCAGCAGCAGGCCCAACUUCAGCAAUACUACCAGUUUCAGCAACAGCAACAGCAGCAGCAAGCAGCUGCCGCUGCUGCCGCUGCUCAACAAGGUGUUCCCUACGGUUACUCGGGCUACGAUUUUUCAUCGCAAGGGACUAGAGGUUUCUAUUAA